ACAACAAAACUGUGAUGGAGGCAACAGGAGUUAGAAAACUAUUCACUGCAGGAAGUCCCAGUAUCCGGUGAGAAAUAAGAAGUACAACAGCACAGGAUGCGCCUUGGGUCAGGAGGACGUGAAAAGCCUGCAGUCUUUGUGUCCUCCUCUGUACCAGAGUGUCAGUGUCUGAGCCCUCAGCGUCCCUUGGAGCACAGAUCUGCUGUCACUGCCAGGCUUCCAGCAUCCCACUGAGGGCAACACAGAGGACACAAUGGCUACCUCCACCAGCCUGUUGCUGCUGCUGCUACUGCUCCUGAACCAGCCCUGGGCAGGGUCCAGCACUGAGACACAGAUGGUGGUGUGUGCAGGGACUGCUUGCUACACAGCCCACUGGGGCAAGCUGAGUGCGGCUCAGGCCCAGCUUCACUGCAGCAAGAACGGGGGCAACUUGGCCACAGUGAGGACUGAGGAGGAGGCCCAGCACAUCCAGCGAGCACUGGCCCAGCUCCUGCAGCCAGGGAUGCCUCUGGCAACCCGGGUGGGCAAGUUCUGGAUAGGACUCCAGCGAGAGAAGGGCAAGUGCUUGAACCGCAGCCUGCCACUGAAGGGCUUCAGCUGGGUGGGUGGUGGGGAGGACACACCUUAUGCCAACUGGCACAAGGAGGCCAGGAACUCUUGCAUCUCCAGGCGCUGUGUGUCCCUAAUGUUAGACCUGUCCUUGCCUCCCCUCAUAAGCCGCCUCCCCAAGUGGUCUGAGGGCCCCUGUGGGAGCCCGGGCUCUCCUGGAAGCAACAUUGAGGGUUUUGUGUGCAAGUUCAGCUUCAAAGGCAUGUGCCGGCCUCUGGCCCUGGGAGGCCCAGGCCAGGUGAACUACACCACCCCCUUCCAGGCCACCAGCUCCUCCUUGGAGGCAGUGCCCUUUGGCUCCAUAGCCAAUGUGGCCUGUGAGGGUGGGGGAAAGAGUGGGCAACAUUUCUUCCUGUGCAAGGAGAAGGCCACUGAUGUGUUCAACUGGGGCAGCUCGGGUCCCCUCUGUGUCAGCCCCGAGUACGGCUGCAACUUCAACAAUGGAGGCUGUCAGCAGGACUGCUUCGAGGGGGGGGAUGGCUCCUUCCGCUGUGGCUGUCGCCCCGGGUUCCGGCUGCUGGACGACCUGGUGACCUGUACCUCCCGGAAUGCUUGUAGCUCCAGCCCCUGUGGAGGGGUGGCCACAUGCGUCCCUGGACCCCUUUGGAAAAGCUACACUUGCCUCUGCCCCCAAGGCUACCAGCUGGACUCAACUCAGCGGGACUGUGUAGAUGUGGAUGAGUGCCAGGAUUCCCCUUGUGCCCAGGAGUGUAUCAACACCCCCGGGGGAUUCCACUGCCAAUGCUGGGUGGGCUACGAGUCCAGUGGCCCUGGAGAGAGAGCCUGUCAGGAUGUGGAUGAGUGUGAGACAGACCACUCACCCUGUACCCAGGGCUGCACCAACACAGAUGGCUCCUUCUACUGCUUCUGCAAGGACGGCUAUGUUUUGACUGGGGAGGACGGCACCCAAUGCCAGGAUGUGGACGAGUGUGAGGGCCCAGAGAGAAGCCUCUGUGACAGCUUAUGCUUCAACAUGCAAGGGUCCUUCCGCUGCAGUUGCUUGCCAGGCUGGGAGCUGGCCCCUGAUGGGGUCUCCUGCAUCAUGGGACCCACGUCCCUAGGACGAUCGGCUGGGUCUCUCCAAGGCGAGAACACAGGAGCUAGAGAAGGGAAAAUUGAGCCUCCUGCCACAAUGCCAAGUCCAACUGGGGACCCUAAGGGCACCUCCAAGGUGGUACCCACCAUGAGGAGACCCUCCCUCCCACGCAACGCCUCUAUCACCCCUGCCCCACCCAAGACACUGACCCCCAGCAGGCUCCCUGGCAUUUGGAUUGAGCCCAGCAACCAUCACCCCACAACCACCACUGGCCAUGAGGAGUCUACGGGUGGUGAUUUCAUGGUCCAACAAAGGGAUGAUGACACCGAUAGGAAAAAGCUGCUUUUGUUCUACAUUCUGGGCACUGUAAUGGCCAUCUUACUCUUGCUGGCUCUGGCCCUAGGACUGCUGGUCUACCGCAAGCACAGAGCCAAGAGGGAGAAGGAGAAAAAGCCCCAGAGCACAGCAGACAGCUACUCCUGGGUUCCAGAGCGAACUGAGGGCAGGGCCAUGGAAAACCAGUACAGUCCAACACCUGGGAUGGACUGCUGAAGGUAAGGUGGCCCCAGAGACACUGACAGUCAGCUGUCAUCAGCUGUCACCAUCAUCAGAGCUUUAUGCUCCCCAUCAGAAAGCAGGACCCACAUCCUUCUGAAACACUGGACUGGAAUCUUAGCAAACAGUUGCAAACUUUCUCUUUAAAGGCCUGGCAACUUGGAAUGUACAGGUAUAUUCUCUGUGUGUGUGAUACCCCUGAAAUUGGGUGUCACUGCAGGAAUUUUGUGAAUAUUAACAAUUCUCACUCACUCUCCCUUGUGAAAUUCAAAUGUGACUGAUUUCAUUUAUUGCACUGAUUCUAGAUUACAAGUUAGGUGCUAAUGGGCUCCUUUUGAACUGCUUCUCUGCUGACUGGAGUCUAUAAGAAGAAAAGGGAUCUGAUAAUGCUAAGUAGGACUGAAAUGGUUUGUUUCUCUUAGUAUAUUGGAGACUAAGUCAAUUAAUAGUUUAAUUAUAUAAGAAAGUUUUUUUGUUUUGUUUGUUUGUUGUUUUUUUGUUAGAGGGAACAUAUUUAGGACCGGGAACAUCUCUUUACCUUUAUAUUCAUGCAUUUUCCCAUCAUAAGUCCUACUGACCUUGAUGUUGUUGAAAUCCUCCACAGUGACCAGAAAUCCACUUAAAUGCUUAAGUAGCAAGGAGGCAGGGAGUUUAGAAAUACGUUUCCUUGUUCUUAAGUUUCUGAUAGUCUUGGAUUUAUUUGCCACUGAAGCCUAAAAAUGUGGUAAAAGUGAUAUGAAGUGAGUUAAAAGCGUUUUUGAAAACAAAUAUUCUAAAGUGCUGGAGAGAGAGAGGCUGGGGGUUUGCUCCACAAGCAUUCGAAUCUAAAUUCAUCUAAAUGUUCUGAUGUUAACACAUACUUGACUACUGAUGAGAUGAGCAUUCAUGGAAAAAAGCCAAGGACAACUUGUCUCUGAGCCGGCACAGCCCCAAGACAUCCUCCACCCCAGGCUGCACGGCCUUCACUUCAUGCAGCUCUGGAUUUGAGUGCUUUGACUAGAUAGAAAAAGCACCAAAAAGUUUAUCAUUCUGAUGGUUUCUAAAGGAUGUGUGAGAGAAAUGAUAUGCUGAGCUCCGAAAGCUGUCAUCAUAAACUUUUUAGCACUGUUUAUAGUCCAUAUGGCACCCUGAGAACUUGAUUGUGAUUUGUGGCUGUAAAAUACAAAAAAGUCAAGGAUAGGUCAUGCAGGAUGCUGUCCCAGUGCUGCUUCAGGAACUUGUGUCCCCUUUCUCUGUUUUUCUUAAAAAGGAUUGAAGGGAGGGAGAGACAAUAACUAAAAUUGUUUGCAACAGCAAAAACUAUUCAAAGCAAUUUUAAUUUAUAUCCUCAUUUAUAAGUGCUUACUUGCAAAGAUUUGCCCUUAGGAUGUGGUCAAUAGUGUAUAGUUCUGCUUGAGUCACCAGAAAGCAGCUGGGAUGGUGGGAAUUGUUAGAGCUGCCUGAGUAGCACUGGGAGGCCUCUGUUGGGUUGAUGGAGGGAGUGGGAAGGGCUGUCUUCUGCCACCAUAGAGAAGGACAAAGGGAAUGUGUUUCCUUCCAGAGGCUCCAAAUUCUGCCUCUCAGAAGGAGGAUACCUUACUGUUUCUAGUUUUGCCUUAGAGGCCCACACCCUGGGUGGGAGUAGCCCCAGGUGCACAGCCUUCAGGGUCAAGUAAAUAUCCUUUUGCCAAUUUUGAAAUGUAGAUGCUACAGUUCAGAUUUUUUCAAGACAAUGGAAAAGUGAAGGGUGGUGGUGGAAAGAAAUAUGGAGGCUCUGCGGGACAUAGUAGGGGUUUGGAAUUUCUGUUUUUUAAAGUCAGUUUUCACUUGGAAUACUGGUGUUUAACACUCAAGGAGACAAAAGCUGUGCCUAUUGGCCACAGGAUCCUUGGCAGUGCUUUGUAUGGGAACCCACUGUUUGGCCAUUUAGAUGAUUUUAAAGACUUGGCCAGAGGUGUUGCUGACAAGUAUCUGCACUUACAUGAACUAAAUACAAAUUCAACAGCUUUACUCCUCCACCUUUACAGUUUUUACUCUUUUCAUUUGGGAUAAAGGAGGAAUUCCUACUGUGGGCUUCACCCAAGGCCUCUGUGAUCCAGUGGGCCUUGAAUUCACUGAGGUCACCAAUGUGCCCUCUCAUUUCACAGUGUUCCAUUUUCUUCUAUAGUCCAGGCUCAUUUUCUGGUCUCUGUGUUUGAAUUCUUCUGUGGUAGGAAUAGACAACUUAGUUCCCCACGCUGGGGAGACCAUGUGGAUCCACACUGUGGAUCCCACAAAGGGAGAUAUGGUUUGGUACAUAGCAGUUUCUCAGAGUCCCCUCUGGCAGAGUUGGCCCUCUGAAGACCAGUGAGGUCUCCUGCUCUCAGGCCACUGCCCACCGGCAGCCUAGACCUCUGACCUGGAUGACCUCAGGCAGGAAAUCUGAUGGGAACUGUUGGCCUCAAACAGAUGCUUUUUUCUCCAAUUUAAUACUGCUGCAGUUCUGUCUGAGGUAUUUGAAUCCUUGUAUUGGGGAGCUUAGAGCCACAACAAUGGAUAAAGGAGUGUCCAACCUGCUGCUUCGCAAUUGGCUAAACACCUGUUUAUCCACGGGGGCACCCAGGUGGCUCUGCCAUGACACAGCCAGAGACUGAGCAUGGGGAGAGGUGGCUCUGCUUUGUGCAGACUCCUCCAACCAUGUCCCUGGGCUGGGCAGGGACAGAUCUGCCAAGCAGCACAAGUAGGACGAUGGAGAGAGAGAGAAGGCUCCACUUGACAACAAGCUCAAAGGCAAUGGAGACUUUUGUCCAAACAGUUUCCCAUAGUUCAAUAAUUCUGGAAGACUCUUGGAAAAACUAUAUUUGGGGCAAACUCACCAUCUUCCACCCUCUACCUCCCAAGGCAGAUAAUUUAAAGGGGAUGGCACCCUUAAACAUGCAGCCCACUAGAACCAUUCCUGAAUUUCAGGGACAGUCACGGCUCUUUUUCUUGUUCAUUAUUUGGAGAGGCCUGAUGCAGGAAGAAAAUGUCCCCAGGGAAUCUGAGGCAUGGAGAAAACCAAGGGUGAGGCAAUUUCCAAAAAUGCCUGGGGAGUGGUGGACUUGGUAAGUGUCCUUUGUAGGAUAACCCGUGGCUGCUCAACAACAUGGCCUCAUGGCAAAAGCAGCCAUGGAGGGUGGCUUGAUCAUAGUCCUGGUGACCUUGUGGUGCUACACAUCUGUGUGGGUGAAUUAAGUGGUUUCUGGGUUGAGGACAGGAGGACUUUGGCUGUAGUCACUGCCAGGCCUUGCAAAGCUAUCUUUAGCCCUAAGUGCUAGUCAGUGAUAGAGUAGCAACCCAUGGUAAAAGCUUUUCCUUACAUUUUACCAUGACCAGGCAAACAAGUGGAAUAAAAAGUUAAGCAUGUAGUGCAUGCUCAUGUACAUCGUGCAGGAGGGACUGAGUAUGAAACACAUCUUUUUUUUCUUAAAACACACAUGUAUGAGUUGCUGUUCUCUUUGACAUUCUAAUCAUGAGUGCUUGUCUGAGCAUGGGACCUGGGCUUUUUACCACUCAGCAAUCUUUGAAGAAUACGGAUUUGAUCAUUAAUUACUUUUAUUCCAACUUUCUUUCCCACAAAUAUUUUUGUGUGUGACAACUAAGAGAAGAGAGAUGAGAUUUGACCACAAAAAAAUGUACUAAAUUCAAAAUAAUGCAGUUUUUUUUAAAGCAAAUACAAGAAAGCCUUUUUGUAUUAUUUUUCUUCUGAGCUUCUCCAUUGUCUAGAUCAGGAAAACAGGAAAGCAUUGAUUUCUAGCAGCUGCAAAUGGUGUAAUAUCCCUACAUAUUUCCAUCACCUUAGACAAUAGGUUUUGGUGUGGGAAUCUGAGAUGUGAGCCCUGAAAACAUCUGUUCCUAUCUGGCUGCAAAGCUCACUGCUUAAAUCUGUGUGGUUUGUCAACCAAAAAAAGGGAACAAUAAUCAAAAUUCUUCAAGUAUCCAAUAAUUAAAUACCUUAUUCCAUUCCAGGUUACCAAAACUAAUACUCACUGAAGUGCUUUAAAAAAAAGAAUUAUGUUUUGGUCUGUUCUUAGAGAUAAUGCCCAUUUAUUUUAGGAAGAAGUUCUGGAAUUCUUUUUUUACGUUCUCUUUUAUCUGUAAGGUGGCAAGUGUUUCCUCUCAGCAGAUUUUGUCCCUUGUUCCCAGGGCUGAAGUUCUUUUGGAAUAUUUGGCUUACACGUGAAUUAGGUCAUAUGCAAGUCUCAUUCUGUGAUAUUAGGUGCGAUUCACAAAUGUCAGUAAUCGCUUUAUGAAUGCUAAAUGAGAAUGUAAAUAUUUUUAAAUAUGUGUGCUUGAAAUUUGUUCCACUAAUUCUGGAAUCAUGAAAUUUCUAGGCAGGAUUUAUUUUCAUCCUAGGCAUGAGUGCUUUGCAGUUUGGGGGGAGGGCACGCUUGAAGACUGCACUGUUCCUCAGAACUCUGAGAUACUGAGAGUCAUCUUGGGUCAGCCUCAAGAAAGGGCAGGUUUGUCGAUCUUUGCACUUUUUGUUACGAACUUAUUCUAAUAAACUCUGAAAUACA